GCGGCGAAGUUGUUUGACCUCCCGUCCUUCGACAUUCUCGCUUCCUCUCCGGCCGUUCCUCCGUCGUCUUUGGGGAGGUAACGAAGUGCGAUAUACUUCGCCCUUCGCCGUCUGGGUCCCUCAGCUCGUCACACAAAGCAGAGGGAGAGGAGUUUUAGGGGCGGGAGGAACCAUCACCGUGCCCGUGCUGGCCAUUAUUAUUUCUUCCCCGAGCGGCAAUUGCUGGCCACCGUCGUGCUAUAUUAUUCAGGUGCGUGGCUGUCCCGUCCAACCGUGUAGCGGAGUGUUUCUUAGGCAGAAUGGCGGCGGAGUGCUUACACGCCGGCGCGGAGCUCUGGCUCCCGGAUGAGUUCCUCGACGACGACUUCUUCUCCGAGGAGGAGAAGGCGGCGGUGGCGGCCAGGAGCGAGAGCGACGAGGAGGAAGGUCUCGGCGGGCUCUCAAGCCGCAUGGCGGGUCUUCUCGGCGGCGACGCUGACGGCGGCGAUAUCCCUCCCAAGGCGGGGGUGUUGGCCGGCUCACCGCAGUCGACGCUGUGCGGGCUGUCGGCUUCCGGGGACGAUAGCCCCAACGGCGUAGCUUCACAAGUCAGCUCGCCGCCGUCGUCGCCGCUUGAGAAGGAGCCGGCUGAUCCCUUGGACCUGCUGUACGAGGCAGCCGGGCAAGUGGCCCGCCUGCGCACCAACAACAUCUCCGUGCCCAAGAACGCUCCUGUGUAUGACGGCCACUCUGUUGUGCAGCCGGUGAACACCUCGCCUCCGACCACGGCUCCUAAGGCCGCCGGCGCUUACCAAUAUCCCUCGGAUCACUUGGCCACGCAGCGCCGGAUUCAAGCGGCUCAUUUUCAAGCCCUGAAGCAACAGCAACAGCAACUGCUCAAGCAACAGCGGGAGCGGCAACUUGCCGCUGCGGCGGCGGCGGCGUGGGGCGCGAACCUGUGCGGGUCUCAACAAACCACCAGCUUUGGUGCCCCACAUGGCCUGAGCUCGUCCGCGUGGCCCCCGCUUCAGAAGCCGCAACAGCAGGCGGCGUCCGCGGCGGCAAUGCGCGCCGUGUUCCUCACCCCACCCGGUGCCAAACGUGAGCGCACCGGCACCGGCGUUUUCAUUCCUCGCCAGGCCGGCGCCCCCGCCGAGCCCAGGAAAAGGCCAGCCUGCUCCACUGUUCUUCUCCCGGCUCGCGUCGUGCAGGCGCUCAACCUUAACGUCGAGGAUCUCGGAGCUCGUCCAAUCUACCCAGGCGGUUACGUUCUUGAACACGACGCACUGGUCAGUCGGAGCAACGCACUGCUGGCAAGCCAGAAGCGCGCGUCCCAGCUCCCUGGUUCCGCUGCUCGUGAGGUCAAUCACCCCCUGGAAUGGACGUAUUGAAAACGCCGAAUCGCUCUCGCUGCAAGAUGAUCUGUUCUAGUCACAGAUCAAUGGGUCAUAGGGACAAAAUUACUAUUACUAUUGCUAGUGGUAGGUAGGUGUUAGGCUAGAGGUUGGAGGCAGCGGUUGUAGAUUGAGCGUUAGGUGUUCUUUUGUGCUUGAUAUAUCGGUUAUUUUGGAUGGUGGGUGAUGGCUGGAUGGGUUCGGAUGAACAAGAGCGAAAUACAUGGCUUUCGCAGGUCGUUGGGUUGGCAUUUCGGACGAAUAAUAAGUGGUGAUUUUGGAGGAUUUGGAAGUGUGCUAGCUAGUUAUGGUAGUAUGAUGAUUGUGAUGAUUAUUGUCCGAGUUUGCAAUGUGUCAGUGUAAGUAAGAAAUAAGAAAGGCUCCAAGUUUGCUUUC